CGCCCCUCACCGCUCCCGCCCCUCGCCGCUCCCGCCCCUCGCCGCUCCCGCCGCUCGCCGCUCCCGCCUCGGCGCGCACGCGCGGUGAUUCAAACGCGGUGGCGGCCGGGGCGGUUCGGGUCUGAGGGGAGCGGUCCCGGGCUGAGGGAAGCGGUCCCGGGCUGAGGGAAGCGAUCCCAGCCCGGCCUCUCGCCCGCCCGCCGCUGCCUCGGCACGAUGCACUCGGAGGGCAACAGCACGGCGGCGGGCGGACAAACGCCUAAAACUACGCGGAAAGGAGGAAGAUUCGUGCAGUCUCGCUACCUGCAGUUCGAUAAGAAAGAUAGCAAGAAGGUGCCGAGAGUGCCGAGCUCAGACGUCGCUCAGAGAAAGGCAAAAAAGGAUGCUUCGUCAAGUUCCUCUUCAUCAAAUACUUCUCUGUCGUCUUCUAGAACUAAAGCAAGAUCGGUUCCUUCUCAGAAACGCCAAACUUCUGCUGGUGCUGACCACAGCUCCUUAAAUCAGAGUGGUUUUGAGAAGGGUGACUUGCAGUCCACUUUAUUGGAUGAAGGCAAAAUGAAGCUCCCAGACCUUGAUAUUUCUGCUAUUCAUGAUAAAAGUGACUCCAAGAAGAGUUCUUGUUCAGAAUCAGCUUCAGGAGAAGAUUCAGAGAUAAACAAAACAAGCAGAGUCUCUGAUAAGAAAACUCGUGAUUCUCGUGAUGUGAUGGCAGAGCUGGAAUCUGAGACACUGCUUUUAACUUUCCUAAGAAUAAAGGCAGAAAAAAGGGUUGCCAAGGUGGAGGAAAUAGCAGAAAAAGACUUGCUAAUGUUGUGUGAAGAAAAGCGGAGAGAACAGAGGCGGCUCUGGGAGCUGAAACGUGAAGUUCUGCUCAAGGAGACAGAGGAGAAGCUCAAUGAAACAUUAGACAAACAGAUAGAAGUGCUGUCUCCCCUCGUGGCUGUGUGUGAGCAGUUUAAAGAGCAGUACAAAAGCUUUGCAGCUUCCCUGGAUGCUACGAGACACGAGUUACCCAUAAAGAACAUUCACGUUGAAGGAGAUAAGCAAACCUACCUUGAUGAACUGGGAAAGCAAUUAAUGAUCACACAGGAGCUUCUGACAGAAGUUAUGCCAAACCACUCAGAGGAUUGUGAAAAAGCUCUUGGUGCAUUGAAGGAGCUUAAAGAAGUGUCCCAGCAGCUGAGUAAAGGGCUUCAAAGGAGCUUCACAGAUGUGCAGGACCUGUCGUUUGCAGCCAGUAAAGAAGUUUCUCUGCAUAACCAAUAUGUGUGUGAAGAGAAUCAUGGAUUAGAUGUUGUGAAACACUGGUAUUUCAACUGAGUUUCUGUAUUGUUUUACUGCUGGGUAGGUACUAACUCAAAGCCAGCAGACCUUUUAUCCUUACAGGAACUGGAGAGUUGUUCUGUGGCUGUCCCACAGGGGGACAUUGCUGCUUGUCUUUAAUGGGGAUUUCUGUGACAGGUUUUCCAUCCCUUUCUGCCCUGACAGUACUGAAAGAUAAACGAUAAAAAGUGCAAUUCCUGCCAAAUCUGGCCUGUGUGGUCACCCACAGCCUGAGUGUUGGUUGCUCACUGAACAACUUCUGCAGGAUCACUGAUUUGUCCUGUAUUUCUUGAUGUGCUGGAUGGGUACAAAGCACUUGCUUGGAAGGAGCCUGAUCACUUUUAACAAGAGAAGUUUUGGUAACUAGUUGCCUGAUUGCUUUGUAAACAAAUUAUUGAAAUCACAAAUGCUUUUGUACAAACCUGACUGCUCUUUAAAGAUUCUGUUCUUUGUAAUAAUAAAGAUUAUUUUCCUCUGC